AUGCUGACUUGGCUGCCUAAGCACCUCUGUCUGUUCCAGGCAGGAUCCACACACCCCACAGCCCCCACACAUCCCACUGCCUCCUCUGUCCCCUCUGUCCCCACACAUCCCACUGCCCCCACACAUCCCACUGCCCCCUCUGUCGCCUCUGCCCCCACCAUCACCACCACCACCACAGCCCCCACCAGCGGCAAGAAGAGCCGUAAGAAGAAGAAGGCGGCUGAGUCCAGGGCAGCUGCUCCGGAGGGAGGGGAUGAGGCGGCAGGGCGGAUGGAUGCCAUCGAGGGCCUGACACGGGCCGGACACCGGGCGCUGGCCCUGGGCGCCGGGCGGGAGGCAGUGGGGUGCUUCAGGAAGGCCCUGCUCCUCUCCAGGGACACAGAGAGCCCCCAGCUCCACAGGGCUUGUGCCUUCAACCUGGGGGCUGCCUACGUGGAAACUGGGAAGCCCAAAAAGGGCUUUGAGUUCCUCCUCCAGUCCCAGCCCUCAGAGGAGGAGAGCAGGGACCACUCGGGGAGCCUUUAUUUCAGCAUUGGGGCGGCGCACAAAGGGCUCCAGGAUUUUCCAAAGGCUCUGGAGUGUUCUGAGAAAGUCUCCGGGCAGGCCGGUGCUGCGGAGGCCGGCAGCCGAGCGGGGACGGCCGUGCAGAUGGGCUGCUGCUACCUGGGGCUGCGGGAGCCGGCGCGGGCGGCGCGGUGCUUCCUGGACGCGGCGCAGGCCUACGCGGCGGCCGAGAGCCCCGAGGCGGCAGCCGUGGCUCUGAGCAGGGCUGGGGGCUCCAUGCUGCAGAGCCGGCGGUUCCGGCCCCCAGAGAUCGCCGGGGUCCUCGCCCGGUGCCGCUCGCUCUGCGAGACCAUCCCCGACCCGGCCCUGCGAGGGAAACUCUACAACGACAUCGGCCUCGGCUACUCGCAGCUCCACAUCUUCUCCCUGGCCGCUGAGAGCUUCGAGCGGGCCCUGGCGCUGUGUGGUGCAGAAUUGCAGCGGGACCGGCGCUGCGAGGCUGCGCUGCUGCAGAACCUGGGUGCUGCCCUCAACGCCCUGCGCAGCUUCGGCCCCGCGCUGCGCUGGCACCGGCGUGCGGCCGCGCUGCACGGCGCUCUGGGGAACCGCAGGGCUCAGGCGCAGAGCUUUGGGAACCUGGCGUAGGCCUGCAGCCAGCUCGGGAACCACGGGGCUGCCGCGGAGAGCUACCUGCAUGCCCUGCAAGCCUUCCGGGACUCGGGGGACUUGCAGGGGCAGUGGCAAGCGUGCGAGGGGCUGGGUGCGGCCUGCUUCCACCUGGGAGACCCCCAGAAAGCCAUCGGGCACUAUCAGGAGGCUCUGAUUUUGCUUUCCCGCUGUCAGGACAGCCCCAGAGCUGCCCACAAACGGGUCGUGCACAAGCUCACAGAUGCCAUCCAGCGCCGACUCCACCUCAGCCGCCUCUCCUACCAGGCAGGCUGGGCACCCAACCCAGCCCUGGAGCCCAGCCAGCUGCGGUUUUGCUCCACACUGCCCCACGCCAGUAGGACACAGCUCCAGGGGAGCGAGGUGGGGAAAGCCCAGGCUGAGGACGAGCUGUAUUGGCGUGUGCCAGGAGCACAUCGCGGGUAUUCAGGCACAAGAGUGGCCCUGACUGGUGGUCUCACACUGGAGCCUUGCAACACAAGUGGCCUCCUGGGCACCUCUGGGGAGGAUGAUGAUGGUCCCAGCUCAGCUCCAGGGUAUCACAGUGAGCCCCAUGCUAACAGCACGAGGAUCACCAGCCCCCUGCCCCUGGCCAAGCCACCCCAUGCAGGCCUCCAGCUCCCCAAGUACCCCAGACAACCAGAACAUCGCUUCUCCAGUGAGCCCAGGCCUGAGGGUCUCACACUGCAUUCCAGAGGGCAUCAAAACCACCAAACCCUCCCUCCGAGGCCUCCAGAGAGCCUUGACCGUGACCCCAGUGCCACUGCUGCCGGCUGCUGGCCCCGCCGGGGACCUGGCACGGGGAUCAGGACUCUGUCCCUCGUCUGCAGCCUCGUGUGACCAGCAGGACACCGGGGAAACACCAUUUCUUGGGGGGCCUGUGCAGCUCCAAACCGGAGGCUGGGGGAGGUGGGUCAUUGAGCCAACACGAUUUUGACCCCGCUCCAUUUCCACCGUCCUGUGUGUGAAAAACACCAAUCACUUGGUUCUUAAAAUGUUAAAAGUUUAAUAAUAAUAAAAUGGUUAUAAAAAUAAUAAUAUCAUUAAAGUA